AUGGCUCGCCAUUUCGGAUUCUUAGCCGUGAUUCGUGGAGUAUCCACCUCGACGAAAUCGUCCAUAUCGAGCCAUCCCUGGUCCUCGGACUCUCCACGUUCACUCAUGGACGAGUUCGAAGCGGCCAUCAAAGAGCUAGACUCUGUGAUACCGAUCUCGUGGGCUAGCAUACCCAUUGCGGUCUGCUGGUUGAACUCUGCCACCAAAAGCCGCAAAUCUGUCUUGACAAAGUCGACUUCUCCCUGCUUGAACUCCAAGCUAUAG